AUGCGUUUGCAAAUGCCCCCACUCCCUGACGAACACCUCACAUACAAAGAGUGCAGCGUACUCGCAUGUCAGCCUGCCUCUCUCCUCACGCCCCCGCCUCUCUCUUUACUUUGUACAUUCUCUCCCACUCCCAUAUCUCUUUAUUUACUCCCAGCCAUCCAUCACUGCGUACGCCUUCGCGUGGACAUCGCAGGCGCAAUGUCGCGUUCCAACCGCUCCUCCUCCUCCUCCUCGUCAUCGCUAUCGUCCUGGGUGUCUGCCUCCUCCGCCUGCUCACAGAGCUCCAAGGAUGGAGAGUGGCUCUAUCAGCUCGCCUGCGUCGAGGCCUUCGUACCGCUUGUCGCGGACGUAACACCAGCGGAUGAGAGUUCACAUGCCUUACCAGAGCACCCCGUCGCGAAGAUUCACUACUCACCAAACUUCAGCUUCAUCUACGGCGUCUACCGCUCCCUUCGAGAUCAACUGGACUACACCCCGAUUCUCCCCGCCCAUGGUGAGCAAUGCGGAAGUGGUGAGCUGCCACCUGUAAUUCACGCCAUUCACACCUCAGCGGCACGCUGGUUUCUUCUGCUGGCGUUUGCGCUUCGUCAAUGCACCUCCAACUACACCGUUUGGAAAGAUCGACGUGAUGUGCUCAUGUCCCCUGCAGUGUUGGAGCAAGCGACCCGCGAUGCGCUGCCGGCAUUUCCGGUACCGGAGGCCAUCCUCUCCUGCACUGCCUCGGAAGCGGAGAAGCAAGAGGCGCUGCGUAAACUGGACGAGCAGCAGAAGAAGUUGAGACUGACGUCGCAGCACUGGCUCCCCGCGCGCGCCGACGUUCUGUGGGAAGGUCGACCGAGCCCGUGGCGUGCGGUGCACUGGGAAUUGGCAGCGGUCGGCUGCUUCACACGGCUGUACCACAAGAACUUCCAGGUGUGGCAUCAUCGAAGGGAACUGCUGACGUACGCACUCCAGCAGACCCCUUCUUAUGUCCGGUGCAGUGCGGACGCCGCCGCCGCCGCCGCCGCCGAUGGAAAGCCAGAGCAACAGGCGGAGGACAGCAGUCCGCUCGUGCCCGCAUUGGCAAGUGAGGCAACCCUUAGCGACUACCUGCGUCGCCAUGCCGGCCUUGAUUUUUCUGCGAUUGACGAACGGCCGACGCUGAGGGCAGUGCUGUGCAAUGAGGAUGGGAAGAACUACCACGCCUGGCUGCACCUGUCUUGGUACCUGCAGGCGUUCUCCUUCCUGCUGACGCCUCCGUCGCGGGAGGCUCUGGAGGAGCACGCGAUAAAACUUACGGGAGCUGUAGACGACCAGGAGUCGUACUUUACACCCCACCCCGGCUGGAUCACUGCCUCGGAGAGCGCCGCGCCGGCGGCGCUGUCACCCACCCUACCGCCGAGUCCCCUCACUGAGGAGCUGCAGUUCACGGCGCAGCUUAUCUAUCAAGACUGCCGCAACAACUCAGUCUGGUGUCACCGCUUUGUUCUCUUGAGGGAAGCUCUGUUCCGUCGCCUCUGGCGGCAGCUCUGCUCUGACCGUUACACGAGUACUGUUGGCACACUCCCAACCAACACGAACUGGCAGCGCACUGCGCGAAUCGUUUGUGCAGUGGAGAUGAAUUACUCGCUUCAGUGGCUGUAUGUGGAUCCAACGAACGAGGCCGCCUACACCCACACCCGGUCCGUUGCCCUCCUCUUCCAUAUACUCACCACACGGCAGCAUGUUUGGGCGGCAGAGCACGCCAGAGCGGACGGCAGUGAGGAACUUCAGCGCUACCUCGCCGAUGCCCCUCUGCUCACCCCGGUCGCACUCACGAACUCUGAGCUGUCCGCCAACGCCGACGCCGGCACCGUCUGCCCCUCCACGGAACUCCUGCAUCUCCUCCGUGACCGCCAACGCUGUGUUCCGUGGGAUACCUACGUGGAGAGCUUUGGACUGCUGCGGUACAUGCAGCGGGUCCUGCACACUGUCAUUUCGGCUCGAGUUACCGAGCUGGAGGAGCAGGCGGCGCGCAUCUUGCGCUUGGCGGUGGCUAGCGACGCGAUAACCUCACCUGGACAGGAACCCAAGCCGCAGGCGAUUGCCGCGCUAGCGCCUCUCUACGAGCGCAGCUCUCAGUACAUGCUAGAUAGCUUUCACCAAGUCGACAGUGCGCAGUACUUGGCCUGUCAAGCGAUUCUGGAAGAAAUGUGGCUGACAUACAUGGACGCGGCACAGCGGCGCCGGGUGCGACAGCUUCGCCCGUCGGAGGCGUACCGUGAGGGUCUCCUGUCAGAGUGGCUGAGACCGUGUCCGUGGGGUGGGCCGGAGAAGAGCGCAGCGGACGUUGACAAGCUGAAAGACCGCCAGGAUGCUGUCGUCCUCAACUUCCUCGCCUACGAGGCUGCCGCGCUAAGCAAGGCGAAGCAGCUGACGAUGGCCGACCCGAUUCGUCUCAAGUAUUGGAAGCGCGAGGCCCUAAACAUUAUGUGCCGCGUCUACGGCACGGCUGCCUGA